GCAGGAAGCGUCCGUCGCGCACGGCUCUCGGUCCGACUCCGGCCGGGCAGCAGUGGAUUUGGCUCCAGACCGUCCGCGGAGAGCGGCUGACCCGGAUGGACUGAGCGGCUCCCCGCGGCGCCCCGCUGUGUUCCGCCUGAAACGCCAGUGUUCAGAAAGUCUCCAGCAAUGGGCCCCGGGUGAGGAGAGGGAAUCUUCCAGAAGGACUGCGGGUUUGGAGAGUGGGCAGCGGCGGCGGCAGCAGCGGCCCGCUGCCGUCAAGGAGCUUAGCAGCCGGCCGAGGCGCCCAUUGUGUGUCGAGACGGAAUUCCCUCCGCGCCGAAGCCCGGUCCCCGUCCCUCUCUAGGCCUCUGGAUUCUGUUCUGGGAGAGUUCCGACCAGUAUCAUCGCCAAGAUAGCCGGGUCAGGCAGGAAGAGGCACACCUCAGAUUCAGACCCGAGCAGCGGCAGCGAUUCCGGCGACGGGCGGCCCGUUAGCGCCAAGUGCCUGAAGAUGGCCAGCAGCAGCGGUCAGGAGACCGGUGGCCGUCGCGGCGGGGCCCAGCAGCGAGGCGGCGGCGGCGGCUCUGACCCGCCCUCCAGCACCAGUAAGAAGAAGCAGAAGGACCGGGCCAACCAGGAGAGCAGGGAAGCCAAGAGGGCGGCGGCGGCGGCGGCUGCAGCCGUGGACGGGCUUCUGGCAGAAGUCAAGAAAGACGUGUUCGUGGACUGGAAGCAGAACGUCACCGAGGUGACGGUCCGGCUGCGCUGCGGAGAGGGCGUCCAGAGGACCGAGGACAUCAACACCAGCUUCACCGACACACACUGCCAAGUGCACUUCCCAGAUGGACGGCAGUGGAUCUGCCACCUGCAGGAGGAGAUCGAGGCCUCGUGCAGCAGAGUCCAGUACAAGGAGAAGGGAGGAUUUCUGCAUCUCAUCAUGCACAAGAAGAUUCCCUUUCACAUCUGGCCUUCUCUAAAGUCAAACAAGAAGGAGAAGGAGGUUCCGUCAGCAGAGGCCAAAAAUGAGAAGAAGGCCGUUUCCUCGGAUUCCUCAGAGAAGUCCAAACCGUCUGCGGAGCCGCAGCCGCCUCCAGCUGCCGCGCACGGCGACCCGAGGCGCGGCGGCAGCAAGGCGGAGAGGGGCGUCAAGCGCUGCCUGAAGAGCAAGACGGCCUGUGACAAGGCCUCCGCCGAGCCCGAGGGGGGGAAAGGUGCAGCAGCAGGUGGAGCGGCCUCCCCCGGCGGCAGCAGGCCCGCUCCGGGCCCGGCAGGCGAGCAGCAGCAGCCUCAGGAGCCCAGCGCCAAACGCACCGUCAGCAGGCCGCCCAAGACCAGCAGGGACGCCUCGGCGCCCCGCCCUCCCUCGGUCCAGUCUACAGACCGCGGGUCACCGCCGCCCGCCGGCCGGAGCCCGACGCCGCAGCAGAGGCCUGCAGACAACAGAGCGGAGAGGCGGGGCGGCGGUCCGGAAGACGGCCCCGCCCCCGGAGCGGCGGCGGCCGCCAGCAUCACCUCCAAAACCCAGCUCCUGGACAAAGAAAGCCAGUCGUCAGACGCCGGCGACAGCCAAUCACAAGCCCCCGUCAGCACCAGCAGCAGCCGCCUGAACCAGGAAGCAGACGGCGCCUCUCCCCUGAAGCCGGGAGCCAACGCGGACCCCGAGCCGGAGCGGGACUCUCCGAGCCCCCGGCGGACCCCCGCCUCGGAGGCGGCGCCGCCGGCGCCCGGCGCCCGGCGGGACGGCGAGGAGAAGAGGGACCAGUCCAAGGAGGAGCCGCCGCUGGAGCUGAAGCAGCAGGAAGCGCCGGAGCCCAUGGUCAACCUGCAGGCGGUCAAGAACGACUGGUACGAGAAGGGCACCGACCUCAUGGUGGUCAACGUCUACAUGAAGGGGAUCUGCAGGGACUCGGCCAGGGUCCUCUUCAGGGAGCAGGACUUCACCCUCAUCUUCCAGACCAGCGAUCCCAACUUCCUGCGGUUUCACCCAGACUGUGGACCCAACACCGUUUUCAAGUGGCAAGUCAAACUCAGGAACCUGAUCCAGCCGGAGCAGUGCAGCUACUCCUUCACCCCGUCCCGUCUGGACAUCACCCUGAAGAAGAGGCACAGCCAGCGCUGGGGGGGUCUGGAGGCCCCCGCCACACAAGGUGCAGUGGGUGGCGCCAAGGUGGCUGUGCCCUCCAGCCCCGCCUGCAUGGAGAAGAGCCAGCCGGGCAGCAGCCAGCACAGCCUCCCGGCCAAGGAGGAGCCGCCCCGGGUGGCGGAGGACAAGCCCAAGGCCCCCAAGGCCCCCCCCAGGGUGGAGGACGGCGGCCUGGACGCCGUGGCCCCCCGCGGCGUCUCGGAGCACGUGGCCAUCGGCAAGCCGGACCCCGCCGUCGCCACGCCGAAGCCCACCUGCAUGGUGCAGCCGAUGACCCACGCCCCCCCCGCCGGCGGCGAGCGGCACGAGGAGGAGGAGGAGAAGAAGGUGUGCCUGCCCGGCUUCACGGGGCUGGUCAACCUGGGCAACACCUGCUUCAUGAACAGCGUGAUCCAGUCGCUGUCCAACACCAGAGAGCUCAGGGACUACUUCCACGACCGAGCCUUCGAGGCAGAGAUCAACUGUAACAACCCUCUGGGGACCGGCGGCCGGCUGGCCAUCGGCUUCGCCGUGCUGCUCAGAGCGCUGUGGAAGGGAACGCACCACGCCUUCCAGCCCUCCAAGCUCAAGGCCAUCGUGGCGAGCAAGGCCAGCCAGUUCACGGGCUACGCCCAGCACGACGCCCAGGAGUUCAUGGCCUUCCUGCUGGACGGCCUGCACGAGGACCUGAACCGCAUCCAGAACAAGCCCUACACGGAGACGGUGGACUCCGACGGACGCCUGGAUGAAGUGGUGGCGGAGGAGGCGUGGCAGAGGCACAAGAUGAGGAACGACUCCUUCAUCGUAGACCUCUUCCAGGGACAGUUCAAGUCCAAGCUGGUGUGCCCGACGUGCUCCAAGGUGUCCAUCACCUUUGACCCCUUCCUCUACCUGCCCGUCCCGCUGCCCCAGAAGCAAAAGGUGCUCUCAGUUUUCUACUUCGCCAAGGAGCCUCAUAAAAAACCCAUCAAGUUUCUGGUGAGUGUGAGUAAGGAGAACUCCAGCACCGUGGAGGUCCUCGAGUCCAUUUCCAGGAGCGUGAGGGUCAAACCGGAGAACCUCCGACUGGCCGAGGUGGGGAAGAACCGCUUCCAGCACAUGUUCCAGCCGUCCCACUCCCUGGACACGGUGUCCUCCUCAGACAUGCUCUUCUGCUUCGAGGUGCUCUCCAAAGAGCUGGCCAAAGAGCGGGUGGUGGUGCUCAGAGUGCAGCAGAAACUCCAGGUUCCCAACAUCCCCAUCUCCAAGUGCGCCGCCUGCCUGAAGCCCCCGGCGUCCGAGGACGACAAGCUGAAGCGCUGCACCCGCUGCUACCGAGUGGGCUACUGCAACCAGGUGUGUCAGAGGACGCACUGGCCCAGCCACAAGGGCCUGUGCCGCGCCCACGCCGAGAACGUGGGCCUGCCGUUCCUGGUCAGCGUGCCGGAGUCCCGGCUCUGCUACAGCCGCCUCACUCAGCUGCUGGAGGGCUUCUCCAGGUUUUCCGUCAACGUGUUCCAGCCCCCCUUCCAGUCGGGCAGGACUUCCCCCGAAACGCCCCAGUCCCGAGGAGACCUCCCCCCGAUCCCAGCGGCGGAGGCGGGGGGUUCGGGCGACGUGGAGCCGGAGAGCCCGUCCCUGCUGCCCGAGUGCUCGGCUGAACCGGCCCAGGCCUCCGCCCCCCAGCCCGGGGAGCCCGAGACCCCCGCCUCCUCCCAGGCCUCGCUCUCCACCGCACGGACCUCGGACUCGGGAUUCUCCGAGCCGGCGUCCUCCGCCUCCUGCUGCUCGCUGGACCCUCACGCCGAGAAGGAGACCUCGUGUGAGAAGGCCGUGAGGCCCGAAGCGGCAGUAACGGGGUACCAGCAUCCCAGCGAGGCGGCGUCCGGACAUGCCUGCCAGUUCUACGUCGCUCUGCUGGAUUCCGCCAACAAGGAGCAGAGGCUGGAUGAGAAAGAGGAGCUGGUGGCGGAGCUGACCGACGACGUGACGCUGGAGCUGGUGUGGAAGAACAACGAGCGCCUGAAGGAGUACGUGCUGGUGAGCUCCAAGGAGCUGGAGUACGAGGAAGACCCGGGCUCCCUGAGCGAGACGGCCCGGGCCGGACACUUCACCCUGGAGCAGUGCCUCAACCUGUUCACCAAGCCGGAGGUGCUGGCGCCGGAGGAGGCCUGGUACUGUCCGAAGUGCCAGCAGCACCGCGAGGCGUCCAAGCAGCUGCUGCUGUGGCGCCUGCCCAACGUGCUGAUCAUCCAGCUCAAGCGCUUCUCCUUCAGGAGCUUCAUCUGGAGGGACAAGAUCAACGACAUGGUGGACUUCCCCGUCAGGAACCUGGACCUGAGUAAGUUCUGCAUCGGGCAGAAGGACGAGGUGCAGCAGCCUCCCGUGUACGACCUGUACGCCGUCAUCAACCACUACGGCGGGAUGAUCGGAGGACACUACACGGCCUACGCCCGCCUGCCCAGCGACAAGAACAGCCAGCGCAGCGACGUCGGCUGGCGUCUGUUCGACGACAGCACGGUGACCAUGGUGGAGGAGAGCCAGGUGGUGACCCGCUACGCCUACGUCCUGUUCUACCGGCGGAGGAACUCGCCCGUGGAGAGGCCGCCGCGCUUCCUCCGGCCCGUCGGCGCCGAGUCGCCCUCGGCGGCGGGAGCAGCAGCCAGCCAGGAUUCUAGCCAGGCGCUCUUCGGGACCGGCCUGGAUCCCGAGGGCCCGCCCACGCUGACCCCCGAGGGGCCCGCCGACCUCUUCGCCCACUCCGGGGAGUGCGCGGCGCCGUCCUACAGCAACAUGGAGGAGGUGGACUAGUGCGGGGGCGGGGCCGGAGCCAAGACCCGCCUCCGGUCGGCCCAGCGGGGGCGCCGCCCGUCUGGCUCUCCUGACCUCUCCCUGAGGACUCGGCUGCGUCUGUAGU